UUUGUUUCAGCUGCUCUUUGGCAUGUUGUUUCUUUACGUUCUGAAUGCUCUUUCAUUUAUCGUUGCUCUUUCGUUUAUAUGCUCUGUUCAGUUGUUUUGGGCGUUUUGACAUGGGAAGUAGAUGUUGUGUUUUGUCUGUUUAUAUAAAGAGAGUACAAUGCUUUUGCAUUAUUUGUGGAUUGAAAGAAGUGCUGUGCAUCCGGAAUUGCAAAAGUGGCUUGCUGCUGGUACAUUAGUUUGGAACAUAAUGUUGUUCCAUCUCGCUGCCAUUUUGGAUAUUCUGACGCUUGUCACGCAAGCUGAGGAACUCCCAACUACUGGUGCCAAUUUCGUUCACUGGACAGGCAAUGAGUCUCUGGAGCUGCAACCGGAGGAAGAAGCUUCAUUUUAUCCACAUAGAAACUCGGGAGCAGUUACAAACUCCGACUCAGGGUUCCAUCAUAAAAUACUUCCUGGACUGGUGGCGUUUGAGCACCAAGACCAAGUCGAGAUCAGGUAUGAGCCUGGCGAAGUGAAACCGGAAGCCGCGUGGGAGGCUGUGUUGAACAUCCAGCCGGAAAAGAACGAGGGUUUCGAACCGCUUCCGGGGUUCGACAUCGAGUGGGGCGCAGAAUUGCAUGGAGCCUGUGAUUGCUGGAACACCACGGAGGACGGACGCGAUGUGGAGGUGGAGUGUCGCUGUGGUGGCCUCGAGUUCACAGACAUCCCAAACAACCUGGCGAGCGACGUCCAUCGUAUAACCGUGGUACAUGCCGGGAUGCGGGUGCUGAGAGAAGGAGUCUUGCAGCAUUACAGAGAGACGCUCAGGGAAAUUGUGCUGAACAAUGUUCGCCAGCUCCACAGUAUCGAGUCCCGCUCUUUCCAGAACCUGACGGAGCUCCGCACAGUGUACAUAAACCACGCCCCCUUGCUUCGGAAGAUUCCAGAAAACGUGUUCCGCCAGUAUUUGCCCAGUCUUCGGAGCCUGCGUAUUGUUCACACGGGGCUUGAGGAGAUUCCCCAGCUACAGCACCUCCGAGUGGACUCCAUUUUACACAUGGUAGACUUGGAAAACAAUCAUAUUCGACAGGUGCCAACCAAAUCUGUCAAAGUGCGGACCGAACAAUUUCUGCUGAACUACAACAUGAUAGAGCUGGUGCAGAAUCACGCUUUCAGCGACGCAGAGAUUGCGAGGCUGAGCCUGAAGGGGAAUCGAGAGCUGAAGACCAUCGAGCCCAGUGCGUUCGUGGGACUGCGCAGCCUCAGAGACCUGGACCUCUCUGAAACGUCAAUUUCGCAGAUGCCGACCCUGGGUCUCAAGGACCUUGAGGUACUCCGCCUGCAGGACACUGACAGCCUCAAGAAGUUUCCCUCCAUAUACAAAUUUGAGUACCUUCGGGUGGCCUGGCUGACGUACCCCUACCACUGCUGCGCUUUCCAGUUUCCAGCCACGCACCAUCCGAAAGAGUUUGCUGAGCACGAACGAUUCGUGGCGCUGAUCCACAACAAGUACUGCAGCACCGCGGCGACCGGUUCUCCUCUGCCCCACAGUCUGCAGCGGCGUGACAACGACGAUUUUGGUCGCCUCGUGUACUCGCCCGAAAACCUGACGUACCAGCGUCAUUCUCCGGACUGGGGCGCCUUCGACCGCGACAUAGACAGGCCUGAGUCCCAGUCCAACCCGGCAAGUGUUGAUGGCGUGUUUCACCAGAGCAUGGUGUCCGUCAGCCCACGACUGAUCCAGGCGUACUGCGGAAAUCUGUCCCGAUCACCUCGGGAUGUGUCUUGUCACCCAGAACCUGACGCCUUCAACCCUUGUGAGGACUUGAUGGGCAACUGGGGACUAAGAGGCGCUGUGUGGCUGGUGGCCGUUGCAGCGCUCGUGGGGAACCUGGCUGUGCUGCUGGUGCUUCUCAGUUCCCGCUUUCGCAUGACUGUGUCCAAGUUCCUCAUGUGCAACCUGGCACUUGCAGAUCUCUGCAUGGGCAUUUACCUGCUAAUUAUCGCCUGCAUGGAUGCACGGUCCAUUGGUGCAUAUUUCAACCAUGCCAUAGACUGGCAGCGGGGUCCGGGAUGUCAAAUUGCAGGAUUCCUAACAGUAUUUGCCAGUGAACUGUCCAUAUACACAUUGGCUGUUAUAACAAGCGAGCGAUGGUAUGCCAUCACUUAUGCCCUGCACCUGGAUAAGAGGUUAAGACUCGGUACAGCAUUCAAGGUCAUGACUGCUGGAUGGCUGUAUGCUAUAGCAAUGGCCACGCUGCCACUUCUUGGCAUCAGUGGUUAUUCCAAGACAAGCAUUUGCUUGCCAAUGGAAAAUCGUGACUUGGGUGACCAGGUGUACCUUGUGAGCCUGCUCCUGAUGAAUGGUUUGGCAUUUGUUCUGAUAUGCGCAUGUUAUGGACGCAUUUAUUGUGCAAUCAGUGGCCACAACUCAGCUGCAGCCCGGUCAGACACUACCGUGGCCAAACGCAUGGCGCUCCUAGUAUUCACUGACUUUGCCUGUUGGGCCCCUAUUGCUUUCUUUGGUCUGACUGCCGUGGCAGGGUAUCCUCUGAUCGAUGUCCCACACACCAAGAUCCUCCUUGUAUUCUUCUACCCACUCAAUUCUUGUGCCAAUCCAUACCUAUAUGCCUUGCUGACCAAGCAGUACAGGCGUGACCUCUUUACACUCUUUAGCAGGCAUGGUCUUUGUACAAAGAAAGCAGCAAAGUAUAAAGGGGCUGAUGUGGGUUUCUCAAGUGGCAACUCAGCCCCACCAAACUGUAAGGUCACCUCCAUAGGGGGGUCGGGAGUAGUCGGGUGCGCGCCCGUGCACACUGCAGAGAUGAACCACAUUCCACAGAGGUCUCAGGUAGCACCCAUUCCCUGCAUCUCAGCUGGUGGGAUUGCUGGCCCCAGGGGAUCGCCACAUCCUCUACGUAGCAGCACAACUCGGCUCAGCCUGAGCUGUGAGCAAGAGAUGAUCCUGAGGAGAGCUAUGGAUCAUUCAAGUUCAGACCCCAGAUUGGUGUACUCUGAGCCCCCAGCUGACUCACAUUUGUAAAGCAUGCAGAAUUUAUAUCUGUUAUAAGUGUGGUUCUGAUGCCACUACAGACAUCAGAUCUGAUGAGUGUACUGUAUCCCAGAACUUGCACUCCAUUACUCGUCUCCAUAUUAACCGUAAAACUGACAUGCAUCUAGAACUCACAUAGAGUGUACAAAGGAAUUUUGGGGAAAUGAAAUUGAACAGCAUAUCUGUCUGCGACACAAGUAAAAAUGAGUAGAUUGUCUUCAUCUAUCUAGGAAAAGACAAGAAUAAAUUUGUUCUGUUGUUGCAUAAUGGGUAUCUGCCAUAUUUUUGUAAAUAAAGCAAACAUCUAUUAGAUGGCAGGUUGACAGCAGGAGCUCAGACUGGUACUGGUGGCCAAUAUUUUUAGGUGUAAUUAUAGCAGUGAUUGCCUUUGAAUUACUAUGAUUUUUCCACAGAUCAUAAGGGACAAAAUAUAGGCCUAAUUUAUGCAUACCUACAGAAUUUAUUCAAAAUAUUUUUAUCUUAGGCAAAUAGGUAAAUACAUCCACAAAUGUAUUUAGGCCUUCAGUGAACAGCAUAAUGUUUAAAUACUGAAGUGUCAUAUAUAAUUUUUAUCAAAAUAUGCCAGGGUACUAAGAAUGUAUACAUGAAUGAUCAUUCAGAUUCUUAAAUAAAAUGUACCUUAAUUAAAGUGAAUUUAAAGCAAAUGCAACUUCGACAUUGUAAGACAUAUAAUAAAAGUGAUAUAUUUAAACUUUUAUUAAUAUCUGUCUGAGGACUGAAAAAAUAUAAGUCUAACUUCAUGUAGUGUAGGAGUAAUGUUCCCCUUAAAAUAAACCAUACUAAAAAAUAAUAAAAAAAAUUUAAUGAAAUUUAGUGUGGAUGUACUGUGGCAAGUAUGAUAAAAGUUGGUCUCUUUGCUCUCUUACUAUAGGAUGGAUAGGUAAACCUGAAAUUACAGAACUGAUAGGAGUCUUUUUAAUUUCUUUUUGAAAUACCCCUAAUAUCUCUACAUAGGAUCCUUUAUGCGCAACAGAAAGUCUAUUGCUAAUGUGGUUUCCUCUGCUGUCUUCCGAUUCCUAGCCAAGCGAAAUUUGUAGAAUGCAGAAGUUGUCCUCUAUCCAGUCACAGUAACUCCGUGUCAUAAAUAAAAUCACAAACAGUCAGAGUGAACAAUUCCUUUGUUUUCAUUUCAACAAACCCGGCAAUGAGAUUUUCUAAAUUUCCUUUAAAAGUGGAAUAUAGGUUUGCUGCUGCUGUUGCGUCAUGACCUACAGUCUGCAGCCAGAAAAUAGAUCUCUACAAUUAAUGAUCCAUUUAUUUUAAUAUUUACUUAUAUACCUCAGUAUCAGUCCUAUUAUGAUUUUUAGAGUUUUUUUGUUAUUAUUCAUUACAAUAGUUUCAGUGUAUUUUUAGUGAUAAGCCCAAUGCCAUAUUAAAUUACCACAAGCUGAUAAUGUUUAACUUGAACGGAAUUUUAUUUUCUUGUCUCAAAACAUUCUUAGAAUGCUCAGGUCUCACUUCAACUCAUCUCCAAUCUCGCUGGAAAAAAGACUGAAUUGAAGUUAGUCUGUAGGCUAAAUUGUAAACUAAAAGUGUUAAACUGUGUUACAUGUUUUCAUUUGGACAAUAACACGUGUAAACUUGUACUGUAUUCUGUUUUUCUCUGUUCCUGAGAGAAAGAAAACCGUCACUUUUCUUGAGGUUGUCAUUUUAACUACAUUAACAUUAUCACUGUGAGAGCAGACUCAGCUCUAUUGAGGACUAAAUUUUUAUGAAAAUAGGAUUUCCUAAAGAUACAGUGGGUAAAUGGGGACAACAUAGAGUGUGACAUUGCAUAACAUUCCAAUAAAAUGGAUAAGGUACAAAUGUUAUUUUGUAUGAAUCAUUUUGCAGUGUUUAAAUGCUGUUGUAACAAAUAUAUGAAGAAUACACAAAUUGAAAAUGUG